GCGCAGGCGGCGGGAGAGGAGGGAGUGCAGGGAGCAGAACCGCCGCGGGACGGCUGCGGGCGCAUCCCGAGGGUGCAGGGCCCGCCCUCCGACGGGGAAAGGACUGAGGGGAAGGGAAAGGCUCAGGGCAGCGACCAGGAGCGCUGCGAGGGCCGGAACAGUGCGCAGGAACGGCGGUACCAGCCCGUGUCUCCUCGGGAAGUGCCGGGGUGGGGAAGGUCUCUAAGCGAGGCGCUGGGAGGAUGGCGAGGAAAGGCUGAUCCCGGAUUUCUCUCGUGAGCAGCUGCCGGGUUCAGGGCAGAGGUUCCUCACCGCAGCCCCUUCCCUCGGUAAGGACGCGCUGGGCCGGAGCUCGGACAGGCAAAGGCAACCCCAAAACCCCGGCGGAAGCCUCACGCGUGCCGGCAGCCCGGCCGGGGGAAGAGGCGGCUCCGCGGGGGCAGCUCCGCCCCGGGCCCGCCCUGACCGGGAAGCAGACGGGCGGCGGCCCCUCCUCCCCGCAGCCUCCUGGGAGCCGCCCCGGCGGCGCAGCAGGGCCCGGCCCGCGAUGGCCGCGCCGUGCCGGACGCGCACGCUGCAGGUGGUGGACACGGAGUUCAGCGCGGACGCGGUGGAGUGGUGCCCGGUGGAGGGCUGGCACAGCAUCCUGGCCUGCGGCACCUACCACCUGCGGCCGCCCGACCAGAGCGAUUCCCGAGGGAGCAAUGGGGCCUGUGACCGGACGGGGCGGCUCUACCUGUACCACUACAACGAGGAUCAGCCCUACAUCCCGCUGACCGAGAUCCAGCGCAUCGACACGGCCGCCAUCCUGGACAUCAAAUGGUGCCACAUUCCUGUUGCAGAACAUCCCAUGGUUGGCAUCGCAAACUCCACAGGUGCUGUGGAAUUUUACCACCUGACUGGAAGUGAGAAGAACAGCUGCAUGUUGGAGCCACGCUUCAGGGUGGAUCUCGGGACACAGCGACUGGCCUUGUCCUUGGACUGGUCCACUGGACGAGAGCAGUGUGGAUGUCCUUUAAGAGUGAUCAGCAGUGAUUCAGAGGGGAAGCUGAAUCUUUUCUCCAUAGAUGAAUCUGCUCCUUCUGUGCAUGUCCUGAACCAGUGGGAAGCUCACAAAUUUGAGGCCUGGAUUGCUGCUUUUAAUUACUGGGACAUUGAUAUCGUGUAUUCAGGAGGGGAUGACAGCCUGCUCAAGGGCUGGGACACCAGGUGCAGUCCGGAGGCUCCAGUCUUCACCAGCAGGAGACAUUCCAUGGGUGUGUGCAGCAUUCAGUGCAGUCCCCACCGAGAGAAUCUCCUGGCCACAGGCAGCUAUGACGAGCACGUGCUGCUGUGGGACACCAGGAACAUGAAGCAGCCUCUGGCUGACACCCACGUGGAAGGUGGGGUGUGGAGGCUGAAGUGGCACCCCACGUGUGACUUCGUGCUCUUGGCAGCCUGCAUGCAGAGUGGCUUCAAGAUCCUCGACUGCCGUGGGAGCCUGGCGGAAAACACAGAGGAAUGUAUCAUCCUGUCAUCCUAUGUCCUGCACAAUUCCUUGGCCUACGGGGCUGACUGGUCAAGGCUGUGUCCAAGGGAUUCCUUGCCUGCAAGCCAGGACCUUGCUGCUGCGUGCCAGCCUUCGGAGGAGCUCGUGGGAGCAUCAGGGCAAGGAGACGAGAGGCUGAAUUUGCAGGUCCAGAACCUGAAGAUAAUUUAUGAGUCUCCUACAGCUACUUUUGAUGUAAUCCUGGAUGAGGAGAGUGAAAGCCCUGCUGUGGCACUUGCAGCAGAGACAGGGCCAAAGCUGGCUGGGGAUCCUGGACUGGUCAGGGGCUCUGGUUUAAAGGGAGGUUUAGAUUUGGCUGCCCAGGGGGCAGAUCUGGGGUCAGCCAGUGGCUCUGCCUCAGGAGCCAAGAGACCCAAUGGAAUGGGCCUGGACAGAGGCUGUGACUCAGCCAGGUCUCCAGACAGCCCCAAAGAAAUGAGCAUUGUGGCCACUUGUUCUUUCUAUGACAACAUCCUCCAUGUCUGGAAGUGGGAGAUGAGCCUGGUGACCCCUCCAGAUGUGCCAAGUCCUGGAUCUCCAUCUGAAAGAACAGCUGAAAGUUUGCAUUGACCAGUCCCAAUGGAAGAGGGAGGAAAACUCCUGAACUGAGAGUGACAGCUGAACUUAAUGCCCUAAUUUCUGCUGGGCUUUCCCAUCUUACUGCUGAGCUUGGGAGUCCUUCGAGGCCAACACUGAUGGGAUUCCUGAUGUUUUAUUUUCAGCACAGAGGGAAGCCUUUGCUUAGAGGCCUGUGGUCAUGGCCAGACAGGUUUAUUUAGUUUUUCCCUUAAUGUCCCAGUUCCAAGUGGAACAGCCCUCCUCUCACAGGCUGCUGCUUUGUACCUCAGAUCUGAAUCCUUUCAAGGCUGGUUUGCAUUUCAUAAUGGAUCUGUUAAGCCUUUCUCCUUCCCUUACAAACCAGACUUGACCACGCUGCUGUGCAGACACAGUAAGUGAUCAGAAGGUUUCCUGAAUGUCUCAGAAAGGCCCCUGAGCAGAGGCUUGGCUGUGUGAUGGCAGAAGAGCUCAGACAGGCCAGAUGCACUGCAAUGUGCUCACGGUGAUGUUUAACAGAGAGAAGUUCUGGUUCAGAAGGAAGUGCAGACUGUGUGAUGGGGAAGUGCUGUGGGAUCCUCCUUGUGAGGAUCCUGGUGCUUUUCCAUCAUUUUCCAUCACUCAUCACCUGACUGCAGACUCCUUCAUCAUUCCCAGCUGAGCACACCCUGGUUCAGAUAAAUCCUGUAGUGACCCCACCAUGUUUUAGUGCCACUCAACCACCCCCAUGGCCUCUCAGUAUUCAGCUCAUUCUUUCUGCUCUCCACAGAGCCACCUUUAGGUCCAAAGUCAAGCUCAGUUUUUAAAAGGUGAACAGCUUUAAGAUCAAAACCUCCAAAAAGUAUAAGCGGUGUUUCUUGACAUCUUUUUAAAUUUAAAAUAAGUACAGAAACCAAAAUCUUAACAGCAUUGCCCUAACUACCUCCAGGAAUGGCUGCAGGAUUUCUCAUGGUUGCUCCAUUAGCUCUCUUUUUUUCACUGUGAAAUAUCAGCAAAACACUCUUUCUGGAACAUUUCCUCUAUUCCUAGAAACAAAAAACCAGCUUAAACUAGAUCAGUAACUUUUAGCUUGCGUGGUUUGUCUUUGAGGGUCCUAAAGAAUGAUUUGUCUGGAGGGAAAGAAACACCAGCAACAGGUCUCUGUGUAACAGUGCUGCAACUAAAUGAGGUGCAGCAGAUGAGAACUUUGCUGCUUUGAAACCCCCUUCUCAAGGGUGAAUGUGUAUUUUAGCAAACAUUCUGGAGCACUGUUACAUGAAGAUUCAUAUUAGUAAUGAAAACAAGAGCUUUUGCUAGAGAAAAAACAUGCUAUUUUUGGAUGUUUCUACAAUAAAACAAAUAUAAGUGA